AUGCGGCUCUGCCAUAUCACGAUAGCGUCCCCCCUCAACCGCAGCUUCCACACAGCGAGGUUUACGCCCCGGCCGCAGCGAUACUUUCACUUGACGACUCAAGCCAGACUACCUCGGAAACGCAACUUCUUCACAUCCAAUGUCUACCUGUCUCAGAACACCGGCGAGCCCUCUGCCAGGCAACCUAGGUCGGAGAAUGAAGAGUCAUUAUUUCCCCCAUCGCCGAAACGAAAAGCUGCCCGUGCCACUGGCGCAAAGAAUUCCCUGCGCCGCGUAGCUAUUAUCGCCCAGCGGCCAGCGCAACGCGGUGCUGGGUUUUCGGCUGGGGAGCUGGUAGAUGCUACGACCUCGACUUUAAUCAGUGCUGUGUGUAUUGCCGAAUCUUUCAAUAUGGCAAUGGUUAUGGACAUACUGCGCGCGCAUGGAUUUGAUAUUGACCCGGACCAGAGUGGUUUCGAGGCGAGCGAGGUCGUUCAUGCGCGUGGUGUGAAUGGUGGGGACAUUUUUGUCUUCCCUUCCGGGACCAUUGUCACUUGGGCACUGCCUCCUGAUGUCGUUACAAAGCAGCUGUUGGGUGCGGCAGAAACGCCUUUAAAACCGGCCUUGCGGGAAGUUGAGGACUUAGAAUACGUCGCCGACUCAUCAAAGGAAACAAGUAGUAUGAAGGGAGACAUUGUGAUGCUGGGCACGAAGCUCGAAGAGAGACAGGGGGACAGGCUCGACACGACAUUAGCGAAGAUCGCGUUCUCUUCUGGACUGGCUAGGAGUACGAAGCUUGCUGUGUUGGAGACUGCCUUAACGGCAUACUUUGAAAGUACCAGAGAGAUACCGUCGGUUCUGUCGAAGGGUUCCGGGUUGCCCAUUGGCAGGAAAUUCAUCCUUCAGAAGACAGGUGAAUUGUUGAGUCUACGUGCUAGGCUCAAUCACUAUUCAGAACUUACGGACUCCCUCCCUGACAUCUUCUGGGAUAGCCGAGCUGAACUGGGUUUAGAGGGGUACUAUGAGCAGGUUGGCCGCGCGCUGGAUGUAAAUGUGCGAAUUCGUACGCUCAACCAAAAGAUGGAUUACGCGCAGGAGAUUGCUAGCGUGUUAAGAGAGAUGUCAAGCGAGCAGCACAGCACGAGGCUGGAGUGGAUUAUAAUCAUCCUCAUUGCUGUGGAGGUUGUUUUUGAACUACGAAGAAUUGUUCUUGAAUGGAAGGAAGGCGAAAAAGAAGAAGAAACUGGCAAGACAGCUGCAUAA